UACAUAUUCAGCUUCAACAAAGAUCAUUCCCCUCUCUCGGUCUCCACAAAAUGAAAAGCCGCACCAACAACACUCCUAUUGUAUCUUCCAAAUGGAUUCCUUUUAUCUGCUUAUCAUGUUUCGCUCUUGGAAUCAUAUUCAGUAACAGGACGUGGAGCCCGCCGGAAUCCUACGGUCAGUUCCUUUCGCGCCAACGUCGUGACCAAGAGUUGCGGAUUAUCUCCAAAGAUUGCGUUACUAAUAAAAAUCCUAAAGAAGAUAAAGAGGUAUUAAAUGAAGUUAUGAAAACCCAUGGAGCAGUUCGGUCUUUAGACAAGACGAUUGCGGUGCUUCAGAUGGAAUUGGCAGCGUCCCGGAGUUCCCGGGAAAAACCUAGUUUAGAAGGUUCUGUUUCCAAUUCAACCAACUUGAACCCACCGAAACCGAAAGUGUUCAUGGUUAUUGGAAUUAAUACUGCUUUUAGUAGUAGGAAGCGGCGUGAUUCUGUUAGAGAGACUUGGAUGCCUCAAGGAGAAAAGCUUGUUCAAUUGGAGCGUGAGAAGGGAAUUGUCGUCCGGUUCAUGAUUGGCCACAGUGCAACAUCCAACAGCAUUUUAGAUAAAGCUAUUGAUUCAGAAGAUGCUCAGCACAAGGACUUCCUGCGGCUGGAGCACAUUGAAGGAUAUCAUGAAUUGUCUGCGAAAACAAAAACUUUCUUUACCACUGCUGUUGCAAAAUGGGAUGCUGACUUCUAUGUUAAAGUGGAUGAUGAUGUCCAUGUUAAUCUAGGUAUGCUAGCUACUACUCUUGCUCAUCACCGUACAAAGCCCAGAGUUUAUAUGGGCUGUAUGAAAUCUGGACCUGUUCUUUCUCAAAAGCACGUCAAGUACCAUGAACCAGAGUACUGGAAAUUUGGAGAAGAGGGGAAUAAAUACUUCCGACAUGCAACUGGGCAGAUAUAUGCGAUUUCGAAGGAUCUUGCCACAUAUAUCUCUAUCAACCAGCCUAUAUUGCAUAAGUUUGCCAAUGAAGAUGUGUCACUUGGUUCGUGGUUUAUAGGUCUCGAGGUUGAGCACAUUGAUGACCACAAUAUGUGUUGUGGGACUCCACCAGAUUGUGAGUGGAAAGCACAGGCAGGAAACGUAUGCAUUGCAUCAUUUGAUUGGAGCUGCAGUGGAAUCUGUAAGUCUGUGGAGAAACUAAAAUUCGUACAUGAAAAGUGCGGUGAAGGAGAUGCUGUUGUUUGGAGUGCCCAGUUUUGAAUCAAUACAAGUGGAAGUGUUUCACAGGU